GAACAGUUGGGUCUCACUCAGAUGAUUGUUGUCUGUCUUUGGCAUCACACUGACUCAGAUGGUCUAUUUGAACAUUGUAUCUAUACCCUUAGUGAAGAAGGUGUUGGUGUGGUGAACAUUGUCCACAAUUUACCAUCUAAAAGUGUGGCCAGAUUCAGAGUCAGGGCAGAUAUACCAGUGCUGAUAACAACAGAAUCUGACUCAGAAGAACAGCUUAAAUUAGCUUUGGACAACGAGCUAAUGAAACUCCAAAAUCAUGUGCAGGCUGGUGACUUUCUCUUUGGCUUUGAUGAUAACAAAGUGAUUAUUCAGGGCAAACGAUCUCCUCUGGGAUCUGUUGCUGAAGACUGGACCACAUGCAAAGAUAUCUGCAAACAUCUGCUGGUUGAGGAGGGAGGACAGCUCGGGGGAAGAAGAAAAGGGACAGGUUUGGUUCAUCAGACACCAGUGCCUGUGUCCUUGCUGCAGCUGUCAACAGUGGAGCCUCCAGGGACACUUCAGUAUGCUCCAAUUAUACGACACAACGUUGGGUCAUUUAAAACCACCAACCUCAUGUUACCACUUGAUGUGCUUGUAGAGGUAGAUGACAGACUACCUGUGCUGCAGCUACAUGGCAUAUUGAAUGAGUCUGUGGCAAGACAGAUUGUGUCUAUGUUUCACUGUUUAUCCGCUUAUGCUAAGAGAAAUCAUUUGUGCACACCAGAAGUGUUUCACUUUAAACCCUCCUGUUUGGACACUCCACUGACUGUAGUCUAUGCAAAAGGAAUGUCGGAUCAUGAACUUGAAAAGGACCGUCGGACUCUGCAUCAACGAUUGUGCCUUCCAUUGACCCAGCCUGUGUUGAGGAGAAGUGCAGCAGGUUUGUUUCUAUACCAGUCUUCACCAGAAGGAUAUUUAAUCAACACCCACAUAGGACUUCCGGAACCUCCAGUGAAAUCUGCAACAGUCUCAUUGGUUGAUGGCUACUACAGCUACCAUCACUACAUGCAAGACCACUUUGAUGACAACAAAUGGGGCUGUGCCUACAGGUCUCUACAGACUAUAGUGUCCUGGUUCAAAUACCAGGGAUACACAGACAGAAGCAUACCUAAUCAUAAGGAGAUACAACAGGCAUUGUUUGAAGUUGGGGACAAAGACCAGAAGUUUGUUGGAAGUCGUCAGUGGAUUGGUUCGUUUGAGGUCAGCUAUGUCUUAGAUCAUUUACUAGGGGUCACAAGCAAGUUCAUCAAUGUCAAUGCAGGCUCAGAGCUUUCAACUGUGGGACAAGAACUGUCCAAGCACUUCCAGACUCAGGGAACACCAGUUAUGAUUGGUGGUGGUGUCUUUGCUCAUACAAUUUUGGGUGUGGCCUACAAUGACAUGACAGGAGAUAUCAGCUUCCUCAUCCUUGACCCCCACUACACAGGAGGAGAAGAUUUAAGGACAAUACAAGACAAGGGAUGGUGCGGUUGGAAGGAUGUGAACUUCUGGAACCAGACAGCUCAUUAUAAUAUGUGCUUGCCACAGAGGCCCUCUGUGAUUUGA